AGUAGAAGACCGUUGACAUUCACUGUAAAGGAAACAAGUGUCUGCUUUUGUUGGUAUUUAGAGGGUGGUAAAAAUCGCCUUUAUUUGUUAAUUAGAUGAAGCAGUCCGAUAAUAGCCAGUGUGGAAGUGUAGACAUGUUUGAUAACUCACAGUAUCCAUAUAACUGCUUCAACUAUGAUGGAGAUGGAUACCCUUCCUGCAGCACAGAUGAAGACAAGAAGAUGUGUCGACCUGCUUACAGUUACAUAGCGUUGAUAGCCAUGGCCAUCCAGCAGAGUCCAGAGCACCGGGUCACCCUGUCAGGGAUCUAUGAGUUCAUCAUGAAGCGCUUUCCCUACUACCGGUCCAACCAGAGGGCAUGGCAAAACUCCAUACGACACAACCUCUCUCUCAACAGCUGCUUUGUUAAGGUUCCCCGUACGGAGGGAAAUGAGAAGGGGAAAGGCAACUACUGGACCUUCGCCACCGGUUGUGAGUCCAUGCUCGACCUCUUUGAGAACGGCAACUUUCGGCGUCGCCGGCGCCGACGCAACAUGAAGAUUGGUUUCAGAGAGCCUGGGGAGCCUUUCCUGCCAGUAAACAACAACAAUAACAACAUCAACAACCAACAAAGCGGCUCCACCAGGCGGUCCGAUCCUAACCCCAACCCGGACUCCUUCUGCUCCAUCAGCCCUGCCCACAGACCAGGUCACCACAACCCCCUCAACCCAAACUGCCAGGGGAAACCAGAACCGGAAAUUAAAUUCAGUAUUGACUACAUCCUCUCCACCCCAGACCCCCCUCUGCCGGGCUUCAGACCCCCACAUAGUGGUACAACAGAGCCCCACAUACACAUUCUGGAGCCCCAACACCUCAACCUGCACUUCUGGACCCUGUGAGUGUCACAGUCUUGACUAUAAAGAGAGCGAAAGACUAUAUCUGAAAGACUGGAUGGUUUUCCCUCCAUAUCUGAAUUAGUAAAUGAAGAGAUCGAAAGACUGCCCUUUUGUGCAAGGGGAUACUUUAUUGACUUGUUCUGUAAUUAAAUAACAGAGAGGUCCAGUAUUGUGCUGUGGAUCCUAGCUGAUUAUAGUAAAUAUACAUUAGUAUACACUCAAAAGAAACUUGUACACUGUUCAUAGUCUUGUCCCA